CUUCUUGCCCGAAAAAAAAAAUAAAGUACAUAAUGGCCGAAUUUAGAGUGUAGAAAUCGGGAUACAAACACGCUCAAAUUACAGUAAAGAAACAAAAACCUUCACAAUUCUCACGCUUAUUGAAACUGUUUAGACCUGUUUAUAUAAUUCCAAAAAUAGUCAGACCAAAAGUCGAGAACCAUUGUAGAACGGCUAUUUUCAGAAACCAUACAUGACCAACCACAGUAAAUUUGUUUAGCUGCUGACCACGGUUCCGUCACGCCACCCCACCCUACCCUAAUGCGUAAUUAGUACCCUGUUUGUUUGGAUUCCCAUCAUUCAAGGCGAGACUGGAAGACGCUUUUGUUGAAAAAAUAAAUGGCGGCGAAGAAUUGUAAUUCCGGGAAAUUCUAGUGAAGAUAACAGACAAACAGAGCUGCUCACGUGAAGUUUCGCUCUUGAAGGAUGUUCACAGAAGUAUAAACCUGAAGUAAAGAGAAAGCUCUAUCAUCUUACCAGAAUGGGAUAUGACACAGGAAGGUUUACGUGCACAGUUGAUGAAGAACUGAUCUGUACAAUUUGUGGUGGGGUGUUAGAAGACCCUCUCCAGGCCCCAGCUUGUGAACAUGCAUUUUGUGCAGCUUGUAUUCAUGAGUGGCUGAAUCACCAGCAGACAUGUCCAGUAGAUCGACGCAGUCUAACUCCACAUCAACUGAAACAAGUACCAAGAAUUCUAAAGAAUCUUUUAUCGAAGUUGACAAUUAAAUGUGAAAAUGACGCAUUUGGCUGUGAAGGUGUAGUUAGACUAGAUCAAUUACAGUCUCAUCUGUCCCAGUGUGAACACAAUCCCAAAAGGCCAGUUAACUGCGAGAAAGGCUGUGGGCUGGUUGUGCCUUUUGAUGAGCUGCCUCAGCAUAACUGUGUUCGUGAGCUAAAUAAUCUCAUCCAAAACCAGAACUUCAAACAAGCACAACUGCAAGCUCAGAUUGAUGACCAGCGUCAGCAGCUUAAUGAACAGAAACGUGAGAUCCAAGCUCUCAAGGAUAUGAUCCGAGCAAUGAGAGUGAUCAACUUGCCACAGGCAUUGCCUCUUUUGCCAAGCAACCUGCCACAGGCAGAUCACUAUGACAACGAAGUUCAUCAGUGGUUAGCUGGAUUACAAUCAGCCAGAGUGACACGAUGGGGUGGAAUGAUAUCAACUCCUGACGCUGUCCUCCAAGCAGUGAUUCGCCGAGCACUUGCAGACAGUGGAUGUCCACCAGCAAUUUUAAAUGAACUUAUGGAGAAUGCUCAUGAGAGAAAAUGGCCUCCAGGGCUAAGUACUCUUGAAACACGACAGUUAAAUCGUCGGCGUUAUGAACAGUAUGUAUGCAAGAGAAUUCCUGGAAAACAGGCAGUGGUGAUUAUGGCGUGUGAAAAUGAACAUAUGGGUGAAUCUAUGACUUUGGAACCUGGUUUGGUAAUGAUUUUUGCACAUGGAAUUGAAUGAAGUUUUUGUCCAUACUAAAAAACCAUAUGUACAUGUAGUAAGCCAAGGAACAAGAUCCAUCAGUCACUAAGUCACCGUAGCUCAAGUUAGACACCAAGGCUCUAGAAAACACUAUUUUUAUUAGAAAUUGCAAAGCUCCUUUUUGCAAAUAUACUAGGAUUAUUUACAGGCAUCAACUUCACUCUUUGAAAAAUAGCAACCCCCUCCUCAGGUGGAGGCACUCCUUAUAAUGGCCUAUAUGGGGAGGCUCUACCCGAAAUGGGUACCUUUCUCAGGUUUCAUGCAUAUAUACUAGACAUAGUUAUUUAAAGGGUAGGGAUUUCACAAGUUGAGCUAUAUGAAAGGGUAGGGAAAUCAGAGUAUCGUGGCUCUCACUACGCAUGAACUGAACAAAUAAGACUUGUUUUUUGGUUAACAUCUUUUCUGGUUAUGCUUGGUCUUCUCCCAAAAUAUUGUUCAGUAACUUCAUUCCAAGGGUUUAGUAAAGGGAUGCAGUGCUUUUUAAGUAGGUGUGCGAAAGGGACUGUACCUUUUUUCAAUAAAAGGUAUACAAAGGGGCAGCUUUUUUGACAAAAUGGUAUACAAAAGGGUUAGUCGUUGGACGUUGGGGCAGAGCCUCCCCAUAUAAAACUUUCUAGAGAACGCCUGGGUAGCAAUCACGGAAGAGGGAAUUAUGUGCACUUCCUUCAGCAAGGGUAGAUUCUUAAAAUGUAGAACAACAUUGGGACCAUCCUAGCUAUAAGGUAGAGCAUCUAGAAGCUGAAAAUGAACAUGUUUGCUCUACGAUAAUGGGAGGCAAGAUGUUUUAAUCGAUUAGCAUGCUGGACUCUGGAUUGAGUGGUCCCAGUUCGAGCGCUAGCCAGAGUCAUUGCAUUUUGGGCAAGACAUUUUACACUCUCAAUGUGUCUCUCCACCCAGGUGUAUAAAUAAGUGACAGCAAAUUUAAUGUUGAAGGGUAACCCUGCAAUGAACAAGAUAUUCCUAGUUAAUUAAUUCUACUGAAACAGGGAUAAGUUCUGGCAGUAUGCACCACUUGACAUGAUGCAGACUUAACCUUUAACCUAUAAGAUAAUGGAGAGCAAAUUACAAGGAAAUGAAAUAGAAAACAUAUUAACUUGUUAUGACUGUGGUUGUGAAAGCUAAUAUAAAUAAUGUUUACUAGGAUAUUUUUAUGUAAGACACCUGAACAUUGCAGUUCUCAGUCAUUUUUGGUGAUAUUGCUUUUCUCUGAAUUUUCUUAUAGUUUUAUUGCCCAAAAGAUCGAACAUCUUACAAUAAGAAUGGCUUAAUUUAUGACAUUUAAUAGAAUAUAAGGUUUAAUAAUUUCAAAUGAAUAAGCCCCUUGAAGUGUUGGUAUUGCAACCUUUAAAAAUACGUACAUAAUGCCCAUGUGUGCUGAAUAGUGGGCAUAGGUUUGUUGCAAUUCAAGUGUAUCUUUUUAUGCAGCAAAGAGUGUUUCAGAUCACAAGAAGUUGUAGAAAGCAUGAACCAUAUGUGAGGGUUUUCAGUAUUAAAUGUUAGUGAGCUUAGCAUAUUCAGUUAACUACCUUCCUUUUUUGCUUUAUUGACAGAUCCAUAUAUCAGAAAAACGAAGAUCAAAUACAAUGCUGUUAUUAAAAUAUUCAAAUGCAACUUUCAUGUUCA